UCCUCCCCCUGCCUCCUUCCCGGCUGCUGCGGCGGCUCAGAGGGGGCUGGCCCCUCCUCCUCCUGCCUCCCCGGCAGCAGGGAGAGGGCCGCCCCCCCCACCCUGCACGGCCACGGCGGGGGGUAUGAUUGCCACACGGCGGGGGGAGGGGGACAGCCUGGGCUGCCCAGACAGCACGGACAGAGCACGCCUUUCCUUCCCCUCCCCCAAGGGACUGCUAACGCUGUAACCCCGAUAUCCCCAGACACGGGGGGACCGGCAGCAGCUUCCAGACCCUUGGCAAAUGCAGAUGAACCCAUUUUCUCUGUAGCUCCAGUAGCAUAUGUAGGCAGGAGGCAGGGUACUCGGCAAUACCAGCCCCUCUCCUACCAAGACAAGAAAGAACUAUGCAAAGUACAACGUGAGUUUGGCAGGGACACCCCCAUCUUUAAAGGGAUGUUUAGAGCCACAUUUGAUUCUAAUGAAAUGGUUCCUAAUGAUAUUAAGGACUUAUUCAGAUGUCUGUUAUCUCCCUCAGAGUAUGAUCUGUGGGACAAUAUGUGGAAAAGAGCUUUAAGAACACUUUUACAGGAGAUUCAGCAAAACCCUAAUAUGGCUAAAGACACUGAGAAUAAUGAUAUUACAUUUGAACAUCUGUGUGGUGAGGGUGCAUGGGCUUGCCCUGAAAAACAAACCCGAGUAUUAUCCAAACAAAUUUUACUUAGGAUUAGCAAUGUUGCAGAGAAAAUGUUUUAUCAGCUACCAUCAAGGGAAGGGAAAGGAAGUUAUGUCAAUGUUAAACAAUUUCCUACGGAGAAUUUCUUACAGUUUGUUGAUCGUCUGAGGACACAGGUGGAACACCAAAUACCAGAUCCCGUGGUGCAGGCAGAGCUGAUCAAAGAGAUGGCUCAAAGAAAUGCUAAUGAGACCUGUCGUAGAAUUAUCCUCACUUUACCCUUGGACCCACCACCUACUCUGUCCCAGAUGAUAGAAGCUUGUUCCAGACGGGCAGAAUUGUUCUGCACAACUGAAAGACACCCUGGAACAACACACCCACAGCAUACAGCCCCUGCUGGACCACACCCCAGCAGGCAACAGAUGCCACCAGACCAGCUGCAGCGCAUCAUCUGCCUCCGCUGCAAGAAACCAGGACACUUCGCCAGAUCCUGCCCUCAGACCCAGAAGCAGAAGAAAUCCAACAAACAAAAAAACUGAAUUUACAGCGCGUGCCCGCGGUUGAUACUACAACGCGCAAAGAUAUAAAUGUAGCGGGACUCACAUUGGCAAAAGCUUCUCUCUUAAAGAAAAAGGGGGGGGAGGGCAGGUCACGGGGUGUGGGGGUGCAGAAAAAUGUAAAUGUUAAAUGCUCAACUAACAAGGUUUGGCAGCCACUUGGCCGUUUUAGACUUGUAACUACCAAAGGUUUCCAUUUCAGAUCUACUGAGUGGAUGGUUAUAACAGUUGACCUGUCUAACAUCUCACAGGACCUGACGGUUUACCACGUGGGAUUGGACAAGAAAACCUACCUCCCACUCAACCCUAUGAUGAACCCCAUCCAAGUUGUCAUCCUGCUAAUGCUGAACAGUCUGGCAGCUGCAUGGAUCAUCCCUCAGCCACGUCAGAACGUCUGGGUAACCCUGGCACAGACACUUCAGCAAGAAAACAUAUGUUUGUCCACUGCAGCAGCUAAGAAUCCUAUGUCUACCUGUCUGGUAGGAAUUCCUUUGCAGGCUGGAGAAUUUCCAGCAGGCUUGGACAAAUACAGGUCCAACGAAAUUCCAGAGGCACACACUCCACAACCACACCAAGAUCAGCAAAAGCAAGGUGUGUUCACCAUGAACCCCUUAGCGGAAUGGGUGCAGGGUUUGCCCAGGGUAGCUCAUGAACCCCAGGAGUUAGAACUAUUGGGUUCCUCCCCUGCCACAUACUGCAUCCAUUUCUCUGUCAUCCCAAAACCCUCUAGCACUGACGAGUACCACCUUAUAAGGCAGUUCCGGGGAGAAUUUACUGCAAAGAGGUGGUGUCAUAAUAUAAGCCACAUUGCAUCAGACAACCCAUCCCACUCCAAACCCAGAAGCCUCCCUAGAGGAUUGUUCUUGGUUUGUGGGGAUCGGGCAUGGGCAGGAAUUCCAUCCCGGCUUUUCGGAGGGCCAUGUACCAUAGGGCGAUUGUCCGUGUUGCCACCCAACCAAACUUUAAUUCGUGAAUGGACACACAAAAACAAAUCGGCUGACAAAAUUCAAAAAAGGAGUGCUGACAAUUUGGACCCAAAUUGUAAUUCAGACAUUUUUCAUUGGGCAAAGUCAAAAAGAGUUGCUGUAUCCCUGUUUCUUCCGUGGGUAGCAGCAGCCAAAGCUCUAGGUGAAUUGGGCCACCUAGAGUGCUGGGUGGUCAAGCAGGCUAAUUUAACAUCUAUCGCCAUCAGCUCCCUCCUAGAAGACGAGGAGAUUACCAGACAGGCCACGAUCCAGAACCGUGCUGCUAUCGAUUAUCUCUUGCUAUUGCAUGGACAUGAAUGCCAGGAAUUUGAAGGACUCUGUUGCAUGAAUUUGUCCUCAAAGGCUCCAAACAUCCAUGCUGCCCUCCGAAGCAUGAACAACAUGAUCGGACAAGUGAAGCAAGAAUCAGAAGAUUGGAUCAAGGAACUGUUCAAGGGCUGGGGACUCACUGGGUGGUGGACUUCUGUAGUCAAAACAAUUUUGUUACUUUUUGUUAUCCUUUUCCUUGUAACCAUAGCAUUCGGAAUCCUACGCUGUUUGAUUUUCAAGGCUAUUAAUGGCCUCAUAUCUUCUACCUCAGAAGUCAACCAUAUAGAGUUGGCAAAUCUAAAGCGGUCCGGUCUCCCUACCAACCAUAAGUGGUGGGAAACCCACACUCCGUGUUAAACAGAAUGUGAGAACUUCUCUCUGUAUCUUUUUAAACAAAAAAAGGAGGAGAUGUUACAUCCCCCUGGGGAAAUGGUUUCUUCUCCCUCAGGGACCCCUGGAACUCCUGUCAUGUAGUCUGACCCUUCCUUCCCCUUCUGACCCCAUUGGCUGUGUGCCAGCUAGCCCCUCCCUCAGAGACCCUAAGAUAAAGGGUCCCCUGUCCCCCGGGAGCUCUCUCUCUCCCGGGACAUCAACCUGGAAUAAAGGACUUGCAGCUAAAAGGGUAAGAGAGCCUCUUUUGAAUCCUUGUCCUGUCUUUCUUGAUAUAAUCCUGUUAGGCCUGAGAAGGGCUGAGCUAGCUGAGACCCUUGGAGGGAUACAGGAUUG